AUGAUGAAAAUCACCAUCGCCACCCUCGUCCUAUUCGCUGUUGCCGCGUUCGGUUAUGAACACGAACACCACGAUUACCAUUCGCAUCCGAGCUACAAGUUCGAGUAUGGAGUGAAGGACCCCCACACCGGAGACCAUAAGAGCCAGUGGGAACACCGGGAUGGAGAUGUCGUCAAGGGAGCGUACAGUCUGCACGAAGCCGACGGAACCGAGCGAGUGGUCGAGUACUCCUCGGACAAGCACAACGGAUUCCAGGCUCAUGUGAAGCGAGUCGGACAUGCUCACCAUCCGGAAGUGUACGGACACCAUGAAGGAGGACACUCUUAUGGAGGUCAUGGCCACGGACACGCCAGCAGCUACGCCAACGGCAACCUGUAUCAGCAUCAUCAUUAA